CAGCAGCAGCAAGCGAGGGCUCGGUUUCUCUGUAGUGGUUGCUCUGCAGAAGAACCUGCUGCCGCUGCUGGCUACAAAAGCUGCUCCCAUCGCUAACGUGACAACUGGGCGUGCGGUUUGCGGCUCCAGUUCAAAGCCCGGGCGAUAGCUGGAGGGCGGGCGGCUAACACACACCCGAUCGCUUUCGGUCUCCCCCCCCGCCGCCGUAUCGGGUUUCCCUUUCCCCGCCCGUGCCGCGGAGGGGGCGGAGAGGAGCGGCGGGUCCUUGGCGCGGGCUCGGUUUCGUUUCUCCGGGUGGCUGUGGCGGGAUGCUACAUCCCAGCCGGCUGGCCCGGCUCACGCUGCUGCCCCGCUCGCUCUCCGCCAUGGCGGCGCCUCCCGCGGGCGCCCCCGGACAGGCCGGACCGUGCUUCGCCGUGGAAGGGCCCGGCUCGGACCUGGUCUGCUUCACCCUCAGCGCCAGCGGCAGCGGCCGCCCCGAGCCCCGCUGCUUUGUGCCCGCUCCGGGCAGGUGCUAUUCCCUCUGCGUCCCCGCCGCCCCCAGCGUCCCGGCGGCCAGGCUGCACCGGCGCUUGCAGCAGAGGCUGAGGCAGGGGCCGUUCGGGAGGUGCCGGGUCCUGGGGCUCCUGUGCUACGGGGCGCAGGCUGCGCUGGAGAAGGGCUUCCUCCUCCAGGACCCGCAGGGGGGCCCGGAGACCGAGCGCGCCCUGGAGGAGCUGCUGCGCGGCCUGGGCGAGCUGCCGCCGCCGCCGCUGGGCGUGUACGAGGCGGGCGAGCGGGGCGAGCUGUGGCAGUGCCUGUGGGCCCUGCGAGGGGCGGGCGGCAGAGAGCUGCUCCGCAGAGCCCGCGUGGUGGCCGCCGAGGAGCCGCCGCUGCACCCCGCAGUGCCCGGCCUCCGCCACGCCGCUGUGUUCCACUCCCUGGAGGCCGCCCGCAGCGUGGUGGAGCAGUGCACAUCAUUCAUCCCUGAAGCCGCAGCUGUCCUUCAUCUAGUGGAUAAAUGCCCCAAGCAUUCAAAAAAGGGAGAAUUUCCUGUCAUAGUUAUUGAAGGAUUAGAUGCAACAGGCAAAACAACUGUAACCCAGUCGGUCAAGGACUCACUGAAUGCACUUCUCUUAAGGUCACCACCAGCUUGUAUCAGCCAGUGGAGGAAGACUUUUGAUGAUGAACCAACACUCAUCAGGAGGGCAUUUUAUGCUCUGGGCAACUACGUUGUUGCUUCAGAAAUAGCAAAAGCAUCCACCGAGUCACCUGUGGUUGUAGACAGGUAUUGGCACAGCACUGCUGCCUACGCAAUUGCCACUGAAAUAAGUGGAAAAGUGCAGAAUCUUCCUCCAACUCACCAUGAGGUGUACCAGUGGCCUGAGGACCUGCUCCAACCUGAUCUUGUCCUGCUGUUGACAGUUAGUCCUGAGGAGCGGAUCCGGAGACUGCAGGGACGGGGGCUGGAGAAAACGGAGGAGGAAACCGAGCUAGAAGCUAACAGUUUGUUUCGCCAAAAGAACAACAAGCUCCUAGUUGAAAUCAGAUCAGAGAAAAAGGCGCCUGUGCUGGGGUUAUUGUAUUCCUCCAUUACAAAACAAACAGACCUGGGGAGAGAAGCAUCCCCUGCAAUGAGCAGAUUGUUUUGUCUCAGGAACAUGGUUUGGCGAGUUGAAGAGUCAUACAAAAGGAUGGAGAACCCUGGAUGCCAAGAGGUUGAUGCCAGCCCCUCCAGAGAAGAGGUUCUGAGGACUGUUUUGCACCUAAUUAAAAAACACUGUGGUUCAUUAUAGCUGCUUUUGUGUGGCAACAUUUACAGUGAGUUGCUUUUGUGUCCUCUAUUUUUCCUCCCUGGAAAUGCACUGCACUCAGCUCUUUUCCAUCCAAAUAAGCUGUUCCAGAAUUCACAGACAGAAGAGUCUCCCCUUUCCUCUACCCAAUCUAAACUGUGUUUUUAUACUAACUCUUUCAUUGCUGCCUAAUGUACUUUUGUAUAUAGUGCAAAACACAACUCACAUGCUGUCCACCAUCUCUGGUGCAGCCACUAACAAAUCAUUAGGGACCUACCAGAUAUAUGAGACAGUAAUAGGAAUGUGCUGGCAUUUCUAACAAUGUCAUUGUAUUCCAUCACUGCAUAGAAAACCAGAUCCUGCAUUCCUUGCAUACCCAAACUCCAAGUGACUUCAGUGUGAGUUUUGGGUGUGCAAGGAAUGCAGAAUCAGGAGGAGAAUCUGAAACACAGUCUAGCAGUAAAGCCAUUAAAUGAUCCAACAUUCAGAAACCUGGAAACCACAGUCCCAGUGUUUGGUUACUAAAAUUGGAAUUUGGAUAUUAGAGUGACAGGCAUCCUGCAGAGGUGUGAAAUAAAUGAGGGCCUGAUUUUCCCAAGUGCUGGGUACCAAUAACUCCUGUGGAAGUCAAUGGAAGCUAUGAGUGCUCAUGCUUCAGUACCAGGCUUUGAAAAAUCAGGCCCUGAGUAAAUAAAUACAAAUAUGUCAAUACAAAAAAAGGAAAGAUCUGAAUUGCUGGUCAAACCAUUUAAAAGAGAGGUAGGUGGAAGGAGGGCAGAGUCUGCAUACUGGCACAUUAGAAACAGGGACCUGAGAGAAAUCAAAAUAUAAAACAUUUUGUAAAUAAUAAACAGAAUAUUUUUCUAAAUAGAUUUUUCCCCCAACCUAUUUUUAAUGCAUUAAUGUUAUUUCUCAAUGUUAUUUGCUGGCCUUUUGAUGGAAUUAAUAUAAAGCAGAAAGACAUGGAGAAUCUACUUGCAACAUUCAUUUUAGUCAGUUUUUUCAGCACUUUAUCUGUACUGAGGUAUGUUUUAUGAAGAGGCAGCUGGGCACCAUCUCUACCCUGCAAAGACUUAUGCAUAAGCUCAACUUUAUACAGAUGGGUACUCAUGUUGGGGCUGCUCACCAGGCAUGAAGCUGAACAUGUGUGUAAGUCUUUGCAGGAUCAGGGCCUAACUGAAAUUCAAGAUGGAAACCUAAAUUAAAUGGCAUUUUAUUUCUAAUCUUGUUUAUAUUUGUUCCUUUAUUUAAUAAACACAAUUGCUCUAUAAAUAUCUCUUGUAAAUAAAUGUUCUAAAAAUG